ACCUCUCUCUCUCUCUCUCUCUCUCUCUCUCUCUCUCUCCCCUCCCUCUUCUCUCCCUCUCUCUAUGACCCUGAGUCGUCUUCUUCCUCUUCUGCUCGUUUCAUCUCUCACAGAACAGCUUGGUCUCAUCCCUCCUUCUCCUCCUCCUCCUCCGAGCAAUGGAUUCAAGGAGCUUGCCGUACUCGCACGCCUCCGCGGUGGUUGUCUGUCUGGUACUGAGCUGGAGCACGCUGCCGGUGGUGCUCGGCGGUGACAUAGUACACCACGACGACGUCGCCCCGAAGAGGCCUGGCUGCGACAACAACUUCGUACUGGUGAAAGUGCCAACCUUGGUGAAUGGAGUUGAAGACAUUGAGUAUGUCGGGGUUGGUGCUCGCUUUGGCCCUACCUUGGAAUCAAAGGAAAAGCACGCCAACCAUACCCGGAUUGUUAUUUCAGACCCUCUUGAUUGUUGUGACAUGCCCAAGAAUAAGCUUAACAGGGAGGUUCUUUUGGUACAUAGAGGUAACUGCAGUUUCACUACUAAGUCAAGUAUUGCUGAGCGUGCCGGUGCUACAGCUAUCCUUAUUAUAAACAAUCAGACAGAACUCUUCAAGAUGGUGUGUGAAGUCAAUGAAACAGAUGUCAGUAUUAAUAUUCCUGCCGUCAUGCUUCCAGAAGAUGCUGGUGCAAGCCUAGAAAAGUUAAUAGCUAACUCUACAGUUUCGGUGCAGUUAUACUCCCCACAACGUCCCUUGGUGGAUGUUGCAGAAGUUUUCUUAUGGCUUAUGGCAGUUGGGACCAUAUUAUGUGCUUCUUACUGGUCAGCACAUAGUGCUAGAGAAGCAGCUAUUGAGCAGGACAAAAUGCUGAAGGAUGGCUCUGAUGACCUUGUUCAAACACAAGGUGUAGGUUCAAGGGGUGUUGUAGAAAUAAACACUAUGUCGGCAGUUCUCUUUGUUGUAAUUGCUUCGUGUUUCUUAAUCAUGCUAUACAAGCUGAUGUCGUAUUGGUUCAUCGAGGUGCUGGUGGUCCUGUUUUGCAUCGGUGGAAUCGAGGGCUUGCAAACUUGCUUGGUGACUUUGCUUUCAUGUUUCAGAUGGUUUGAACGUGCUGGGCAAUCAUUCAUUGGAUUACCUCUCUUUGGAGCUGUGUCCUAUCUGACAUUGGCUGUAUCUCCAUUCUGCAUAGCAUUUGCGGUUGUCUGGGCAGUUUUUCGUACAGUCUCGUUCGCAUGGAUUGGCCAAGAUAUACUUGGAAUCGCUCUGAUAAUCACGGUUCUCCAGAUUGUUCGGAUACCAAAUCUUAAGGUCGGAACGGUACUUCUGAGUUGCGCCUUUCUGUAUGAUAUCUUCUGGGUAUUUGUCUCCAAGUGGUGGUUUCACGAGAGUGUCAUGAUAGUGGUGGCUCGUGGUGAUAGGAGUGGGGAGGAUGGGAUCCCUAUGCUUCUGAAAAUUCCACGGAUGUUUGAUCCAUGGGGCGGUUAUAGCAUUAUCGGAUUUGGUGAUAUCAUCUUGCCAGGGCUUGUGGUUGUGUUCUCGCUGAGGUAUGAUUGGUUGGAAAACAAGAGAAUCAAGGAAGGAUACUUUAUCUGGGCUAUGUUUGCUUAUGGAUUAGGUCUGCUCAUCACAUAUGUAGCUCUUAAUCUGAUGGACGGACAUGGCCAACCUGCUCUGCUCUAUAUCGUUCCUUUCACACUCGGGACCUUUCUGACACUGGGAAAGCAAAGAGGAGAUCUCAAGAGGCUGUGGACACGAGGAGAACCGGAGAGGCCGUGUCCGCAUGUUCAGCUUCAACCUUCCCAAUGAGUUUCAUAGUUUGACAGUCAUUGUAAUUUUCUAAUCUCUCUAUAGGCUUUUUUACCCUUUUGUUUAGCCGUUGGUUUUACCCCUUUUACUAGUGUUAGAGGAGCUUAAAGGGCUGCAUGUAACUUAUUGUUAGCAAAUCGGUUUCUUCAGUUGUCAUCAUGUACUCUUUAUGGAGAACAGACUGCAGAGUGUCCGCGUAAAUUCAUUAAAGCUACAGAUUAGUGUUAACCUGUCGAGUUCUUUCUGUCUGGACUCUCUUAUGUUCCACUGCUGUAACUUGGAUUCUGCCUGUAUACAUCAAUUCCGAUAUACAGUCUUAUCGGCGA